UCUGGCGGCAGAGGCGAGCGGCGCCGCGGCGAGGCCGGGCCGGGACCAUGCUGACGGGCGGCGGGCAGCGCCGGCCCCUGCCGCCCCUCCUGCUGCUGCUGCUGCUGCUGUGCCAGGUGAGCGGCCGGGAGGCGGGCUGCCCGCGGCCGUGCGGCGGGCCGUGCCCCGCGGAGCCGCCGCGCUGCGCGCCGGGGGUGCCCGCCGUCCUGGACGGCUGCUCCUGCUGCCUGGUGUGCGCCCGGCAGCGCGGCGAGAGCUGCUCCGCGCUGCUGCCCUGCGACGAGAGCAGCGGCCUCUACUGCGACCGCGGCCCCGAGGACGGCGGCGCCACCGGCAUCUGCAUGGUGCUGGAAGGGGACAACUGCGUCUUCGACGGCAUGAUGUACCGCAGCGGGGAGAGCUUCCAGCCCAGCUGCAGGUACCAGUGCACCUGCCGCGACGGGCAGAUCGGCUGCCUGCCCCGCUGCAACCUGGACCUGCUGCUCCCCGGCCCCGACUGCCCCUUCCCCAGGAAGGUCGAAGUCCCCGGAGAGUGCUGCGAGAAGUGGGUCUGCGACCCCAGAGACGACGCGAUUUUGGGAGGUUUUGCUCUGGCCGCAUACAGACAGGAGGCCACACUGGGGAUUGAUGUGUCUGAUUCCAGCGCCAAUUGCAUUGAGCAGACAACAGAAUGGAGUGCUUGUUCCAAAAGCUGUGGCAUGGGCUUUUCCACCCGGGUUACCAACAGAAAUCAACAGUGUGAGAUGGUGAAGCAGACACGGCUUUGCAUGAUGAGACCUUGUGAAAAUGAAGAGCCAUCUGAUAAGAAAGGGAAAAAAUGUAUCCGAACAAAGAAGUCCCUGAAAGCUGUUCGCUUUGAGUACAAGAACUGCACGAGUGUGCAGACAUACAAACCUCGUUACUGUGGCCUCUGCAACGAUGGGCGAUGCUGCACCCCACAUAACACCAAGACAAUCCAGGUCGAGUUCCGCUGUUCUCAUGGCAAGCUCUUAAAAAAGCCAAUGAUGUUGAUCAACACCUGUGUUUGUCAUAGUAACUGUCCUCAGAGCAACAAUGCUUUCUUCCAGCCAUUAGAUCUAACAUCUAGUGAAGUAAAAAUAUGAAAUGCUUUAAUUAGGUGGCUCAAAAGGUAUAAAUAUUUUAUGUAAAACUUGACCCACAAUCAGGUGAAUGUAAGUGCAUAUUUAAAAUAUGUAGGACUUUUUUCCAAACAGUCUAGACACUUUCUUUUUCUAUAGUUUAUUAAAUACCUCAUUUUACAUUUCCCCCCUCCAAAGAUCUUUUAUUCUCUUGAAGGAAAUUUUGUACCUUGGACAGAGCCUUCUUUUUUUUGUUAACAGUGGUGUAAAGCUAGUUAAAUGAACAGCUGGUUUCUCUCCAUGAGUUAUGGGAAUUAUGCCGCUAACUUCAGUGGCCGUAAGACUGGGCUCUUUAGUAGCAAAUGGCUUCCUUGGGGAAUGCAUGGCACUGUAUCGCAUAAGCUUCCAGAUUUUUAACUUUAGUUUGCAUAAUAUGUAUAAACGCUUAUGCAGCGUUCGUUUUCCAUUCUAAUGAAAUUCUGUUUCUGAUGAUAGCAAAAGUCUUACUGAUAAGAGUUUUGGAUUCUUGUGGCUUAUAAAAUAUUUUCUAUCUGUACAUCUGACUCUCUCCAAGGAUUCAGUUUGCACAAAGCCCCUGACGUGACAAAGCUAAGAUCUCUUAUUCUGAAGUAUAGGAGAUUGAUAGCUGAUAUCAAUUAAAUUUCUCUUUGGCAGCAUCACUAGCAGCCUAUCCAAAACCCACUGAAGUCAAUGACUUAGGGGGACUUGGUUCUAACGAAUGUGUGUCUGUAGAUAUAAGUGUUAGGAUGCAAAAAUAAGAAUUAUGUAAAUUCCUCUAAAAUACUACCUGUAUCAUAUGGUGCUUCACAUAACAGAAAGGUGUAUAUGUAAAUAGAAACUGUAUAUAUUGUAAUAUAACUUUUCUGUACUAGGUAAAUAAACUUUAUAUGAUCCAAAA